AUGCUUCGAGUUCGGAGAGGCCUUGGCUCUCCAGCCGGCUUUGCAAGCAUUUGUCGACCGUAUGUACGAUAUUCUCGACAAUGUACACCCUUCCGAUCGUUUGCGACAGACCCCAACGUGGACAAUGCUUCUGAACUACCUACAGACUCCAAGUCUCACACUGAGAACAUUCCGAAACCUCUCGACUCUACCCCAGACUCAUUACAGGAACGUCUGAGCAGAGCACAUUUGAAGGAGGCACAGGAAGUGGAGGAACAAGUGGAAGCUGUUAGUAAUGACGCCAACUUCAACGAGGCACUGGAUGUGGUCCGAAGAGUUUAUGGUGUCGAACAUAAGGAAAAGAAGAAGAGGGGAUCCAAGUCCCAGUUCCAGACUCAAGAAUCAAGUAACGCAGAAGAAAUAAUCUACGAAGACAAUACGCUUGAGAUAGAUUCAUCAGCGGGAACUCAACAAACUGCAGUAUGGACCUCUCUGCGCGAGAAACUACAACAGAAGAUAUCACCGGCAUCCUUAUAUACGUUUCGAUCCACUCAUGACGAUUCCGUCGCAUUCGUCACCGAUCAGGAUGGCGCCUUUCUGCCCAGAAGCAAGGACACAGUGCAGGAUGCCGAAGCGACAGAACAACAACUCUUGGACGAAUUAAAGGAACAGACUGGAAGCGUGAAGACACGCGAUUCCAAGCUGAAGUCUGGAAUAAAGAGACUCCUCCCCAGGGAAAUGACGCUGCAACCAGUCGAAAAGGUUAGGGCAAAAGAUGUUCCUCAGCUGGCCUACAAUCUGGAGAAGGUUCUGUUCAACGCUGGGCCUUAUCAGCUCCAAGAUAGGCGCACCCAGGUUUACAAUUUUGACCCUUACCUGGGCACAAUCAUGCCAGUAAAAGAGUUCGAUUUCAACGCAUUGAAGGAAUAUGUGACUUCUUCAAAGGAUGAAACGUUGACAAAGCUGAGUGCGAAGCACGGUAAGAAGUACUGUGGUUCAACUUCAAGUAUGACAUCCAUGCUCGCACAAUUCCACUUCCUUUUGUCAGAUUGGAGGAAACCAAACUUUGACCAGUUGUCAAAAUCCUUUAGAGUUGAAUUUGAGUCGUUCACCAUGCUGACCCGAGCACCGGUGGCUGCGUUCGCACGUUACAAGGACGGUGUGUAUGCUAUCGAUGCCGACAAGGAGUUUGAUACCGCGAAUGUCCUAAGUAUGCUGGGGAAAUCCAUGGAAAAGCUCCUGACUCUGCCAAAGGAACACUUUGAAAAGUAUAGGAGAUCUCGCUCUCACGAGCUCUCGGACGAAGAGAAAAAUGCCGACGAAGCUUUUCAUUACACCACCCUGGGCGAUUUCAUGAUGCGUUCGCAGCUUGAUGCUCGCGAUAAAAGGCUCCCUGGCACUGGUGUCUUUGAUCUCAAAACACGUGCUGUUGUUACCAUCCGCAUGGACGUAGGCGAUUACGAAAAAGGCGUCGGCUAUGAGAUUGAUUCCCGAUUCGGUCAAUGGAAUUCAUUCGAGCGCGAAUAUUAUGACAUGAUACGAGCGGCGUUUCUCAAGUACUCCUUGCAAGUAAGAAUGGGACGCAUGGACGGCAUUUUUGUUGCUUUCCAUAACACCGAACGGAUUUUUGGGUUCCAGUACAUUAGCCUUGAGGAGAUGGAUCAAGCUAUCCAUGGAACAAUGAACCGCAAGGUUGGUGACGAGGAGUUCAAAGCAAGUAUCGGUCUCCUGAAUGAGCUCUUGGACAGAGCUUCGAAGAAAUUCCCCAAGCAAUCGCUACGACUCCAUGUUGAAACAAGACCGCUGGACCCCGCCGUAUUGUACUUUGUGGCUGAGCCUGUUAGUGAAGAGGAAAUGCAAAAGACUCAAGACAAGGGCAGAGCAGCGGUAGACCGAUUCGAAAAGCAAAUUCUUGGUAUAUCGCGCGACAAAGAAGAGGAAAGAAUCUUAAAGGGCAUUCCAAAUCCUAAACCCGUUGACACCCCCGAAAGGCAGAAGUCCUGGGACGAGAUGAUGGCCAAGGUUGACCAGUUCGUGGAGAACGAUGCGGCCGGGCUGGCCAACCAAGCCACAGCUUCUUCUCUAGAAGACAGCGAGGGCUCCGCACCAAUCGAGCCAAACUCUGAAACCGAAACCCUCCUGAGGCAGUUGGACGAGGCGUCUCAGGGCGCUAGUUUUGACUUUAACCUUGAAUCCCAGAACGUUGAGUCUGUUGAGGAGGCGGUUCCUAGCCGCGUCGAGGACAAUGAGAUUGUGGUGGAUGAUAUUGCUGGGGAAGAUGACGCAUCUGCCCAGACAGUCGACAAAGUUGUCGAGGGAAGCGUCGAGCCAGCGACCGACAUUGUUUCGCAGGAUGCUUCUUCCCUCAAGGAUCUCAUCCUUAAGGUUGCCGAAGGUGUUGAGGUUAACACAAGUAACUUGAGGACGUUUGAGCGAAUUCUGUCAGAGCUGGUACGAGAUCAGAAGCAGUUGAGUAGCGAGAUGGACGAAGAUAUCGACGACACCCCGGCGGCCACGGACGACUCCAAUGAAGCAAGCCAGUUACCCCCUGCAGGAGAAGCAAGUCCUGACCAAAAGGUACCUGGAAAGUCUGAAAAAGAAGUGCUAGGCAUGUACGUCACAGUCCGCAACAAGGUCGACGGCCAGAUUGUGAAGCGUGUCGAAUGCCGGAACCUUGGAGAGGUGCCCGACUGGUUGGUAGAGUACACAAUUACGGAGUUCCCACCAGACCGGGCGCAAAGGAUCUUGACCCAGAUGAAGGGUCGCCGAAGAAAGGUGAUGGAUCUGGACCCCAGUACGCGUACCAAGCAAUGGUUCAAGAUGUGGAAUGGGCAAUUAGAGGAGCGUACUCGAGCUGGCAGGAAAUCUAGGCGUGUGCUCACAGAGAGGGAGGAGGAACGAGGGAUCAAACUUGCGUGGGACGACAAGAUAGAGAAGUCUGGCAAGAAGACCACCGAGCGCAAGAAGAAAGCUGAGUCCAAGAAGAAGGCCGAGCCCAAGAAGAAAUCCGAGUCCAAGAAGAAGGCUGAGCCCAAGAAGAAAGCCGAGUCCAAGAAGACGAAAUCAUCAAAGAAAGACGAGAUCGGGACGGAUUGA